AACACAACGAAGAAGAAGAAGUUAAAAAUAACAACAACAUGGCACUGUCCAUAGACCAUGCUGGAUUCACAGACCAAGUAAAAGAUCCAGAAACCUCUGACUCGGAACCAGCCGGUCCAGAUGUAGAUCCGGAUACUGACACGGAGGAUGAAGUCGGGCCAAAGAUCCGAGACACGCCGGUUGAUUUGAGGCUUGAGGCGAUCGCCAACACGGUGUCUUUUCACCCAAACAGAGACGUGCUCGCCUGCGGGGACGUGGACGGGGACGUAUACGUUUUCUCGUACUCAUGCACGGAGGGUGACAACCGGGAGCUGUGGUCGUCCGGACACCACCUGAAGCCCUGCCGCCAGGUGCGGUUCUCGGCAGACGGACUGAAGCUUUACACCGUGUCCCGGGACAAAGCUGUCCAUGUGCUGGAUGUGGAGCGUGGCGAGCUGACCACGCGGAUCCGUGGCGCACACAGUGCGCCAAUCAACUGCCUGCUGCUUGUGGACGAGAACAUCGUGGCCACCGGCGAUGACGGUGGCACUGUAAAGGUGUGGGACAUGAGGAAAGGGACGGCCUUCAUGGAUCUGAAACACCAUGAUGAUUACAUCAGUGGCAUCACUGUGGACCAGGCGAAGAGGAUCCUGCUCACUGCCAGUGGUGAUGGCACGAUGGGCGUCUUCAACAUCAAACGGCGGCGGUUUGAGUUGCUGUCAGAGUUCCAGAGUGGUGAUUUGACCUCUGUGGCAUUGAUGAAGAGGGGGAGGAAAGUGGUGUGCGGCUCCAGUGAGGGGACCGUCUACAUCUUUAACUGGAAUGGCUUUGGUGCCACCAGUGACCGCUUCGCCGUCAAAGCGGAGUCCAUCGACUGUAUUGUUCCCGUUACAGACAGCAUCAUGUGCACCGCCUCCAUGGAUGGAUGCAUACGAGCCAUCAACCUGCUCCCAAACCGGGUCAUCGGCUGUAUCGGGCAGCAUGUCGGUGAGCCCGUCGAAGAGCUCGCCAAGUCCCGAGACUCGCGCUUCUUGGCCAGUUGCGGCCAUGACCGGCUCAUCAAGUUCUGGGACAUUUCCAGUCUACCCAGUACUACUGUCCAGGAAUAUCGCAAAAGGAAGAAGAAAGAUGGUCGACUGAAGUCUCUCACAAAGAAAGCCCUCGGAGACAAUGACUUCUUCUCUGGACUCAUGGACGAGAAAGAGGAGAAAGACAAGGAAGAGGAGGAUGACAGUGACAGUGGCAGCGAUUAAAUCAAAUAACUUUUUUUGUUUAGUCCUUGAUUAUAACUACAAAGUGUGGACCCAGAGUUUGAGUGUGAUAAGUGUCAGAUGAUACAAGGGUCUCAGUGAACACUUGUGUUUUGUAUGAUCUGUCCCAAAGCUUUUUUUUAAGUUACAUUCAAAAACUCAAAUAACACUGUCAUAACCAAAACCCCACAGAAAGGAUUUUGGAAGAAUUCAUCUGAAACAGACACUUCUCUCUCU